AUGCAUAUUUAUCUAGUGCCUCUCGUGGGUAUAGUUCUCACAACAGCUGUACCCAUAGCUGUUGCAAAUCUCUCCUUAGACUUCAAGGUUACCAAGGUAAGUUCUGCAAAUUGUGUUGUGGCCAAUACGACCUAUGCUCAUGGGGAAACGUUCAAAUUGGACUGUAGAACGCAAUGCGUUUGCGAGAACGGUAGACAUGCCUGCUCAUCGUUGUGUCCGAAAGAACAGCUUCCAGCUCCCGAGGACACCAUAUCAUGCAGAUCUCCGCGACUAGUGGAAGUGCCGGGGCACUGUUGUAAAAUGUGGCUCUGCGAGAAUCCCUCAGCCGAUGUGUAUGCCACGUGCCACAAUUCAUCAACCAGUCCGUGGACAUCAUGUAGCCGGUCGUGUGGUUUAGGAAUAUCCACGCGAUUUACGGCCACCGCAGCUGGAUGCAAUCAAUUGAUCAAUUUACGGCUGUGUGAAAAUCGAAAAUGUAGUAGCAUUUCGAGAAACGGCUAUCACGGUGUGUCGUCUGAAGCGGUCGAUUAUUUGGCAACCAAAACUCAGAAGACAGUAAGGGAAAAACCCCAGAGCACAAGUCAUCAGCACUUUAACAAACGAUUUCGAUUUUUUGCCAUAACUUACACCUUACAGAAAAAUCGGGAUUGCCAACACGUGCAAUACUUGGGACCGGCUCGAAUACGUUUGGGAGAAUGCGUUUCAAGAAAAUUGUAUCGUCCCAAGGUUUGUGGGCGCUGUUUUAACCAGAGAAAAUGCUGCAUACCAUCCAUAUCAACAACAAUACAGGUAGAAAUGCUGUGUCCUUUGAAUGCUGCUGAUCCUGUUAGUAUUGUCCAGCAACAAGAAGAUCAAAUACUUGCUUUUGGUAGGACAGCGCCAACUCUGGCAUCACUGUGGGACACCAAUUCGUUGGAUGGCAUCGAUCAGGAAUUUUAUCAAUCGCACCAAAUGCAUAUCCAAAAUAAGUUCAUUGCUAUCGAAUGGAUACUAAAGUGUGAAUGCUCCGAAAAUGUAAGUAAACAAUUCCAAGACAAGAUAAAACAUGUGUAUAUACUGCCUGUAUACGAGAUAUCCUGUAUACGCAUUAAUUACAGAAUAUACACUUGCCAGAAUAAAUACAACGUUCAAUAA